GGAGCGGGACCGGGUUGUGCGGGAAGUCCUGGGCUGUGGCUGGGAGCUGCCCGCUCGGCCCCUGACUCCGGGCAGGGGCCGGGCAGGCAGCGCGCCGGGCAGCCCUCGGCCAGAGAAUUAUGGCUGCGGCGCUGGGGGCGCGAGGGUCGACGCGGCGUUGGUUCGCGGCGCUGCGGGGCAGAAGCCAGAGCCUCGCGGCCAUGUCAGCAGAUGCUCACUGGUUGACAGCAGAGGAGAGGAACCAAGUUAUACUUGACCUUAAAGCAGCAGGAUGGUCGGAAUUAAGUGAGAGAGAUGCCAUCUACAAAGAGUUCUCUUUCAAAAAUUUUAAUCAGGCAUUUGGCUUUAUGUCCCGAGUUGCCCUACAAGCAGAGAAGAUGAAUCAUCACCCGGAGUGGUCCAAUGUGUACAACAAGGUUCAGAUAACUCUCACAUCACAUGACUGCGGAGGACUGACCAAAAGAGAUGCGAAACUGGCCAAGUUUAUUGAAAAAGCAGCUGCUUCUGUGUGAUUUCUUCCAAAAUGCAUGUAAAAUCUUAUAUACACAUCUAGCUCCAAUGUAUUUUGAAGGCAAUUUAUCAACACAUGAACAAAUUAAGCCGUAAAUUUAGUUCACCUUUUGAACGACCACAUUUUGUAAAAUCAGUGCUUAAAUAAAAAUGAUUUAAACU